AUGACUACUGAAACUGAAGCCAAAGGUGAAAUUGAGAAGAACAUCAAGGAUGUCACAAAGAUACUGGAAGAGAUAGUUGAGCUUAUAAAUAAGCUGUCAGGUGAUGAAAGUGGCAAAGAACAAAAAAGGGGGAGAAGGAAAAGGAGUACUAGUCCUAAGGAUACCUCUGUAGUAUACACUUUCAAAACUCUAGAAAAUGUUACAAACACAGUUUCGGCUCUGCUUGUUGUAUUGUUUAUACACUAUAUCUGUGGUACUGUAGACUCCGAUGGAGUUAAAGUUGUUAAUGCUAUAUCGUAUGGAUUAAGAUCCAUGGUUGAGAUGGUUAUAGAGCAACUUGAAACUGUGAAGCACAAAAUAACGGCAGCAUACGCAAUUAAGGAAGCUGCUAGUAUGAGUGCAUAUUGGGUAUCAUUUAUUGAUGAAGAAUCAGGAAAUGCAAUCAAGAAGGCAGCGGAAAAAGUCUUCGGUGAAACGAUAGUUAAGACGGUUAGAACUGCUUUAACGGAUGUUAUUGUCAAAUCCGCAGGUGUUACACAAGUAACAGCCGAAUAUACUAUAGAGUCUAUCAAAAAAAUUAUUGAAAGUACCGUGCCUGGUACACAAUUCUUUGAUACCGUCAGACAAACUGUAGCAAUUCUGGAUGCCAUGUCAAGAACUAGACCAUUAGUAAGCCAAGAGUGCAACAUAUUGCUAAAAGUAAUAGACGAAACAGUAGGAAGACUAUACAAAUCAGCAGAAAACAUUAUAGUGCUGACAAUAAUAGUAUAUGAGUCGAAGACUAAAGGAACUGGAAUGAGACUACACUUGCAUAGACACUAUCAUCGCCAUUCGCAUAGGCAUGAACACAAACGGACAUACCCUCUAACUUUCAAGUUGCCAUUCCUUUCAAGAUAA